GUGAUUUGCACUGAUCUCCUGUAUCACUAGCUAGCUGGGCAGCCGGCUAGCCAGCAGUUUUUUUCCUCCCAAUACUUUCAUCCAUGAUGGCGGAGGAUAGCGAAUCCGCAGCCAGCCAGCAGAGCUUGGAAUUAGAUGACCAGGACACAUGCGGGAUAGAUGGAGACAACGAGGAAGAAAAUGAACAUAUGCAAGGGAGCCCUGGGGGUGACAUGGGAGCCAAAAAGAAGAAGAAGAAACAGAAGAGGAAGAAAGAAAAGCCAAGCUCGGGGGGAGCUAAAUCAGAUUCCGCUUCUGACUCACAAGAGAUCAAGAACCCAGCCAUCCCCAUGCAGAAGCUGCAGGACAUCCAGAGGGCCAUGGAGCUACUGAGCACCUGCCAAGGCCCGGCCAAGAACAUCGAUGAGGCCAGCAAGCACAAGUACCAGUUCUGGGACACACAACCUGUCCCUAAACUCAACGAGGUGGUGACAACCCACGGGCCCAUCGAGCCGGAUAAGGAGAACAUCAGACAGGAGCCAUACUCCCUCCCACAGGGCUUCAUGUGGGACACGCUGGACCUGAGCAACAGUGAAGUGCUGAAGGAGUUGUAUACCUUGCUGAAUGAGAACUACGUAGAGGACGAUGAUAACAUGUUCCGAUUCGACUACUCCCCUAACUUUUUGAAAUGGGCGUUGCGGCCCCCCGGCUGGCUCACGCAGUGGCACUGCGGGGUGAGGGUCUCCUCCAAUAAGAAGCUGGUUGGCUUCAUCAGCGCCAUCCCUGCUGAUAUUCACAUCUACGACACGUUAAAGGGGAUGGUGGAGAUCAAUUUUUUGUGUGUGCAUAAAAAGUUGCGCUCGAAGCGGGUAGCUCCAGUGCUCAUCCGUGAGAUCACACGCCGGGUGAACCUGGAGGGAAUAUUCCAGGCUGUGUACACUGCUGGUGUUGUUUUGCCUAAACCUGUAUCCACAUGCAGAUACUGGCAUCGUUCUUUGAACCCCAGGAAGCUAGUGGAGGUGAAGUUCUCUCACCUAAGCAGAAACAUGACGUUACAGAGAACUAUGAAGUUAUACAGACUUCCAGAUAGCACGCGCACCCCUGGUCUGAGGCACAUGACGGAGGCGGACGUGCCUCAGGUGACUUCUCUCCUGCUGAAGCACCUGAGUCAGUUCCACCUGAGGCCAGUCAUGCGAGAGGAAGAGGUGCACCACUGGUUCUUGCCACAAGACAACAUCAUCGACACAUUCGUAGUGGAGAGUCCUGGUGGCGUUCUGACAGACUUGACCAGUUUCUACACCCUCCCCUCUACAGUAAUGCACCACCCACAGCACAAGUCUCUCAAGGCAGCUUACUCCUUCUACAGCGUCCACACACAGACUCCCCUCAUCGACCUGAUGAACGAUGCUCUCAUACUGGCCAAACUGAAAGGCUUUGAUGUGUUCAAUGCUCUGGACCUAAUGGAGAACAAGACCUUCCUGGAGAAGCUCAAGUUUGGCAUUGGAGAUGGCAAUCUGCAGUAUUAUCUCUACAACUGGAAGUGCCCACCAAUGGAGCCAGAUAAGGUUGGACUUGUUCUACAGUAAAGACGCCACACUCACUCAGAGGGCCACUCCCACCUCUCCAUCUGAUCUGGACGUUGAGGUAGUCCUCAGGAACAAAACUUUAAAAUUAAAAAAAUAAUUAAAAAAAAAGACGACGAGAAACCCAAACCUGUCAAAACUGAACGCUAAGACUUUUAAGCUGCUCUUGUGAUCACCACCUGAGGGCGCUCUCUCCUCCUCGUUAUCCUGAAUGUGAAUGGCACCAUCCAUGUCAAAGUGGCUCAUACAAAAACAAGAUCUCUCUCCAUCACGACUACAUACAGUUCACAAUUUUAACUCCCGUCAACUGUGCACAAACAUACAUACACAAACGCCAUCCAUUCAGUGCAUUUUCAUGCUUAUUAUCAUAAUACCGUGGUCUACCUGCACACACAAUUCAUUGGAGGGAGUUGUGUAUGACAUUGUUAUUUUUUUUGUUUGUUUGUUUGAUUAUUUUGUACAGUUAAGGUGCAUCAGUGUUUGACAAAACAUUUAGAACUCUGUACAGUUACUGGCAGAUAUUUAUUAUCCGUUGUUAUGUGGGGCGGGAGGGGAAUGGUUACAAUCCAGUUUGUUUUUGUGAUUUCUUUUCCCCAAUCAGAGCCUCUAUUGUUUGAAUUGGGGGUGGGGUGGGGUGGGGUGACGACUAAUGGGGGUGGGAGGUAAUGUGGGUAUUUCCAAGGAAGAAUGUAUUUUGCAUUUUUGAAGCACAACCUAAACAUAAAUGAACAGAUUGCUCUGUGGUGCGUUGUUUUACUUUCAUGUUUUGGGUUGUUUUUUUUAUGUAAUUUUGCUGUGUACGUUUGGAGUGUUUGGGUUGUGAGGAGACAAUGUUCUAGACCUGUUUAAAUUAUAAUUUAGCAGGGGAAGCUUGCAGGUAGAAUAUCCUCACUACAUACAUAUUCCUGACGAUGCUGAUAGUAUUUUCUGUUUAAGUUAUGGUAUGUUUUAAUUCAUUUCCUGGCAGUAUUUGUCCUUUUUUAUUUUAGAAUAAAAUCAAGAACAAGACAAAUAGAUGUUUGAAAAGGUACCCACUUGUUCUGAUAUGGUGAGGAGAAUCCAGCACGUGGUGCACAGCCAUUCUCCUUCACACAGAAACAGUGAUUGUUUUAAAAGCCAUCACAUUGUGAAUUCUUACGUUUCAUUUGAGGAAUGUUCAUGGGUGACAAAAAAAAGCAUGGAUUACCACAGAUUUAGUCAAAACAAAAACGACAACCCUUGCACUACCCAAGGGCUUCUCAACAUGACUUGCUUUAAAAAUGGUUUCUGGCGAUUUUUUUUUUUUUUUUUUCUCUCUGUGAAAUCGAACCGUGUCAAAACGUCUAAACAAUCCAACCAGAUGAUCCAAGUGUCUGCGGUACUGUUGUUGUAAUAUCUCGCAAUAGAAGCACCCUGCAGAUGUCGUAUUGCUCUGGGAUGCUAUUCUGAAGCCUGGUUGUAUGCGCAUGCACAUGAGCCAUGUUUGUACGUGUUGUGGUAUGAAUGCCCAGAAAUUGGAGCCGCUAUGACAACACCCAAAGUACUUGCCUUAUUUGAGAGGUUUUCUUUUUUUAAUAUAAAAUGUGUAGUUUUGAAAUGCUCAGCUUUCUCUUUCUGAAAACAAUAUUUUUAUUGAGCUCCAUCGCAAGUUGUUUAAGAAAUUGAAAAUUUACCAGCACCAUGAGUACAUGACGAUCAUCCAACUAUGGGAAUUGUUUUAAAUAUAGUACACAGUGAAUUAUACCAGCAUGGAUUUGACUGAAAAUAAAUUCAUCCAAAUUAUGAGACUAAA